CAACCACUGCAGCCCCAACAACAACCACUGCUGCCCCAACAACAACCGCUGCCCCAACAACCACUGCAGCCUCAACAACUACUGCUUCUCCAACAACAACGACUGCUGCCACCACAACAACUGCAGCCCAAACAACCACUGCUGCCCCAACAACUGCUGCCCCAACAACCACUGCAGCCUCAACAACGACUGCUGCCACCAAAGCAACUGCAGCCCCAACAACAACCACUGCAGCCCCAACAACAACCGCUCCCCCAACAACCACUGCAGCCUCAACAACCACUGCUGCUCCAACAACAACGACUGCUGCCACCACAACAACUGCAGCCCCAACAACAACUGAAGCCCCAACAACAACUGCUGCCCCAACAACGACUGCUGCCACCACAACAACUGCAGCCCCAACAACCACCACUGCAGCCCCAACAACAACUGAAGCCCCAGCAACUGCUUCCCCAACAACAACCACUGCAGCCCCAACAACUGUUGCCCCAAAAACAACUGCAGCACCAAACCCCAAAAAACCCCACCCAACCCCCCCCCAAACCCCCACCCCCA